AUGGAACCCGUCCUCCAGAAAAUCCUCGUCGUGGGUGGCAACGGCUUCGUUGGGUCUGCUGUUUGUCGGACUGCGCUGGCACGCGGCAUGCAGGUCGCCAGUGUCAGUCCGUCGGGGAAACCAUGGCAGACACCGAAAGGACACACACCCGCAUGGGUCCACAAAGUCGAAUGGCACCAGGGCGACGCGCUCCAGCCGGACACGUACCAACAUCUCUUGCCCGGGGUGACGGCAGUGGUGCACACGAUCGGGACGCUGUUUGAGAAGUCGGGGUACAAAAGUGCGAUCAAGGACGGGAACGUGCCGCAUUUCGUGAGCAGUGUCGCCGCCGGGAUCGCGGGCUCGAGUCGCUCGGCGAACCCGCUCGAGAAGGAGCAGAAGAGGAAGGAGGGGAGCUAUGAGGUUGUGAACAGGGACACCGCACUGCGGGUGUGCGAGCAGUUCCUCAGGUCAACACCGACGGUCGGGACGGCCGGCCCCCGCGCAUUCGUCUACAUCUCCGCGGAGGACUGCAACCGGCCCCUCGUCCCGUCGGGUUACAUCGAGGCGAAGCGGGAGGCGGAACUCGGGAUCGAGCGCAUGAUGCUCGACCACCCCAGCUUCCGCGGGGUCUACAUCCGUCCCAGUCUCAUUUACCACCCGCACUACCGGCCGCUGAUCUCACCCGUUGCGGCACUGCUCGACCUCUCGGCGACGGUGCACGCGAGCCUGCCGGCGGGGCUCCCGACGCCGUCGAACGUGCUCCGCACGCUGGGGGCGGUCCUGCCGCGGAGCGCGGCGCCUGGCGCGGUCGCGCUCGACACCGGGUUCGACGCGAUGGCGCGCGCGCUGACGAUCCCGCCCAUUCACGUCGACCACGUCGCGGAGGCGGUGUGCAUCGCGGCGGACAACAGGCGGCAGGACGUGCGGGGGCCGUAUGGCGUGAAGGGGAUGCGGGAGCUCAUUGGGUGGCACCAGCGGGGGCAGCAGCAGGUGGGGCACGCGUAG